AUGGCGGAGGCCACCUACUGCCAAAUGUGUAAGUUCGCCCGGCCAAUGGAUCGCCGCGGGGUGCCGCAGAUUUUUUCUGGAUACAAAAUCCACUUCAACGGCAUCAUCCCUCGCACGAUCGUGCACCCGAGUCACUCGGUGGAGUGGCGCAUGGCAGAGCGCCACGGCGCUACCUGCUGCACGAGCUUCGACCCCGCAGUAGUCAGCAUUCUUGUCUACCGUCCCGGCUAUGAGCGCAGCGAGAAGUGCCGCAUCUGCCUUGAGCAGCACUUGAACAUUCCGUGCGUCCCGAUCGCGUGGCUGCUGGACUCGCUGCUACAGUCGCGCCAGAUUCAUCCCUCACUCUACCGCCUGACCCGUUUGCUGCCCGUGGCAAACCCGACGGUGGGCGGCACCGACCUGCCUCACCACCAGCACCCAUUCUACCAGAUCAACAAAUUCGAAUACAGCAUCCCCACCUCCUUUCCCGCCUCCAAGAGCAAGGCGUCCAAGAAGUCCGCGGCGACCGAUGGUGCGAAUAGGCAGUAUGAGGUGUCAGGCGAAAUAGAGGCGGCUCUUCCGCCGUUCUUCGAUAUCGAACCGUUCCGGUGCACAGCAAUGUCAGUCUUUGACGCCGCGGUGGCGUGUACGACCGGCGUGAAAACCGAGGCUGACGCCGACGACACCGACAAUAUCGAGGCUCGCAAAACGAAGCCCGGCAUUGAGCUCCUUGCCGCGCAGCAGGCGAGCAACAAGGUGGACCGAGCGCUUUUCAGCGGCAUGAAUGUGCUGCUUACGCCAUCUCUGCAGGGGCAGACGGCGGUUGUGAUGACCAUUCAGCGAUGUGGUGGGAAGAUUGCAGAGAAGCGGGAAUCGCUGGAGGCGACGCUGCGGAGUGGUGUGACUCACGUCAUCUACUCUCACGAGGACAAGAAGGAUGAGGUCAUGAUCCAGGCAGCGCACCUCGUCAGUACCAGCCUCCCCGGGCUUCAGCUGGUUCAGUCGAACUGGCUGGAGGACUGCCUCAUCCUUGGUGAGCUGUUGCCGCUUCGCGGCAUGUACACUCCGACCGCAAAGCUGAUAGAGACGCUCAACAAGAAGCACACGAAGGCAAAAAGCUGCGCCGUUUGA